CUUGCUUAAUGAAAUGUCUCAAUGAAAUGGGCAGCUUCCAGCGUCCACCCUCCAUCCUAAUCAACCCAUAAAAGGUUGCUUUUUCACUCGUGGGUCGUGGUUUUGGGAAAUUAAAAUGGUCCAGUCGGGACGAACAAAAAUAGCGCGUAUACUUGUGAAAGGUCUAACAGUGUAACAGUUUUCAGGUGCCAAGUGCAAGCUCAUCACUUUUAGUCAAAACAGAUACCAACUCACACUCACUCGCAUAACAGAAAGGGAGCCAAAUCUUCUGUGAAAUGGCAUGGCCUUCUCUUUCUCUAUCCCUGUUCCUGCUUCCCUCCUCAACUCCAUUGCAGCACUCUCCUUGACCCUCCUCUCCACUUCAUUUUUCUCCAAAUCACAACUUCACUCCUCCACAUUUUCUGAAAUCCCUCAUAGAUCUCUCCUUACACAAACCCAGAACCAGACCCUCCCUCUCUCUUGUUCCUCUCGUCCCCCUACAAAUGGCCUCAUCGACUACCUUUCUCUCCACUUUUGCCUCUUCAAGGGGAACCUUUUCCUCUCGAUUCCUUCCCUUUCUUUGUUCAUUCUUCUCUAUUUUUAUAUCCUCAUCAAAACAGCCCAAUCCCAUUUCUCUGUUGUCACCGCCAAGCUCACCAAUCACUUAAACCUCUCACCAAGCAUGGGCGGAGUAACCCUUUUGGCGCUAGGCAAUGGGGCACCUGACGUUUUUGCAUCUCUGGCAGCAGUUCGGUCUGGGCAGUACAGAACUGGAUUUGGGGCUAUACUAUCUGCUGGUACUUUUGUUUCUGCGUUUGUGGUUGGAUUCGUAGCGAUAUAUGCAGCACCAUUUAAUGUGGAUCCUGGGUCUUUUGUGAGGGAUGUUGGGUUUUAUUUGUUGGGGGCUUUGUUUCUAUUUUAUGUGUAUUUGAGUGGGGAGAACUUUUGGCAGGCUGUUGGAUUUGUUGGAUUUUAUAUGUUCUUUGUUGGGGUUGUAUUUUGGAUGGAUUUGGGAAUUGGCCUUGUUCAUAAAAGGGAUGGAGGAGAAAUGGAUUGUGGCAAAGGCGGGGCAGUGGUGGUGAGCAAUUUGGAGGAUGAGAAGCAGGGUUCUGGGCUCUUUGAAAGGGCUUAUGGAAAGAUCUCAAACUUAUGGGAGCGCCCAAUCUCAUUUCUUCUUAAGCUCACAAUUCCACAAACUGCUCCUUCAGAAUGGAGCAGGUUUUACAUAUCUGCCAAUAUAAUUCUUUGCCCUCUAGUACUUCUAUAUAGUUGCAAUUCGUUCAUGCCCUUAGAUCAUCCCAUAGUGUUCCUCCUUUCAAAUGCCCAUUUCCCACUCUGGUUCAUAGUACUCCUGGCAAGCUCCUCGCUUGCACUUCUUCACUUCAUACUGGAAAAGGAACCCCCAAAGACUGAGCUAAUGCCCAUAGUGCUUGUGGCAUUUAUAAUGAGUGUUUUUUGGAUAUCUACUGUUGCUGGAGAACUGUUAAACUGCUUGGCAGCACUUGGAAUGCUUCUUGAAGUGCAUCCUUCACUCCUUGGCCUCACAGUACUUGCUUGGGGAAACUCAGUGGGUGAUCUUGUGGCUGAUGUUGCAGUUGCCAGAGCAGGCCAGCCAGCAAUGGCCAUGGCUGGGUGCUUUGCUGGGCCAAUGUUUAAUAUGCUAGUUGGACUUGGAUCAGCAUUGGUGAUGCAAACAGCUGAUACUUAUCCAAAAGCUUAUGAACUUCAUCUCCACACUGGUAUUGUGAUUGCAUUUGUGUUCUUGAUCUUGAGCCUGAUGGGAUCUCUGCUAGUUAUAACUUGGUCCAGAUUUCGGGUGCCUAGAUUCUGGGGCUUUUGCCUCAUUGGCCUUUAUGUAUUUUUCAUGGUGGUUAGCUUAGUGAUUGCCAAGUUUUCAGGAUGAUUUAUUCAAUCCUCAAAGUCAAAAUUUUGCUCGGUUAUUGCUAAAUUCUUUAUGCCACUAUAUAGGAAACCUUCACAGCUGUAUGUGUUAGGGGUGAUGCAUUAUAUACGCGUUGAUAUCAAGAGCAUAUUGCCAGGAUUAUGGAAUUUUUAUUCUGUAAUCUGAAAAUGUAGUUUGUAUCAUGAGUUUCUAUAAUUAAAUGAAAUUUCUCAAA